UCAAAAAAUCCAACUAAGCAUAUAGUUCAAACAACGCACUGUAGCCUACAUGGAGCCAUUUACGCUUGAUGUGUUCAUUUCAAAACGAUUUGUGUCGGCCUCACUCACCCACAGGGUGACAAGUAAGCAGGUUGCAGUUGCUGGUACCAACUCUAAAGACAUUAAAGCUGUACUCAAGUCCCGGUCAGAUAUACCAGCAUGUUUGGCCGUUGGUGCUAUUCUGGCCGACAGGGCAAGAGAAGCUGAUGUGUAUACUGCUUCCUACACGCCGAGGGAGAGGGACAAGUUUGAAGGGAAGAUCAGAGCAGUGGUUCAAUCCCUUAUUGAUAAUGGGAUUGAUGUCAAAAUUUAUCUGGACUGAAUCCAGUUGCCUGCCUUUGUUAAUUAACUUUCAUUCGGACCCAUGGGGACGGAAAAUGCUGUGUAACCCUAGUUUUUUAACUUAUGAAGGCAUCAUGCCAUUAUGCUGAGAAUCAAAGAAUGGUGUGAA